AUGAAUGUUUUAAAUUAUUAUGAUCAUUAUUUUAUAUCUCAUUAUUAUUACAAUGGACACAUUCUGAAUAUACUUGAUUAUAUACAAGAAGCAUGGUGGUCACCGACAUUAACACCAUCAUCAUCAAGAAUAAAUUUAUCUAUCAGUGGUCAAUUACAAUCUUAUUGUGAUUUAAUAUAUCAUCAUGAAUUAUAUGUUGAACAUUUUACAGCAAUAACAACACAUUAUCAAUUAUUAUUAUUAUUUUUUAUUUUAUCUUAUACAUCAUACAUCAUUUUAUUAAUUGAACAAUUUCUUCCAUUACCAUUCAAUAAACAAUUAUUACCUAAAUAUUUACCAUUAAUUUUAUAA